UUCAGGCUUAUUAUCCUCCUCACAGGCUGGGUCCUCACUUCAGUUCACAAGUGAAGGUUUAUCUAUGAGUUAAGGAAACAACUGCCGGUCCUGUGUGCCCUGUUACAUAAGAUCUCUGCUGCUUCAUCUCCAUCUGCUGCAACUUCACUUACUGCAAUUAUCUUCUUUCUCUUCAGGUAUGCUGAUCAGAUUUAAAUCUGCACCCUUUCAAUGAUGCUUUUUCUGCUGUUUGUAGAUUUGGUAUGCUGAUCAUUCAGAGUUGCACCCUUCCACUGCUGCUUCUUCUUAGCUAUUCCCCUGUUUAUAAAUUAGGUAUGCUGAUCAUUUACAUUUGAACCCUUUCUAAAGAUUUCCUAGCCCCCCUGCUGCUUGUACAACUUUUGUAGUUCUAAUUUGUUUAGUUAUCUGAUGUGUUGUCUCUGCUGCCAGUAAUUGACUUAUCAGUGACCUGCUACAGACUUGGGUAAUUGGCCUUCAACUGGUUCCAGCUGAUUUGGUUUGAACAUCUAAUACCCCACUAAGGGAAAGCCUCACAGGCGAGGUCCUCAGUUCACAAGCAAAGUAUAUAUACAAGAUACACAUGAGUUAAACAAGAGGGAAACUAUCUAACAAGGACUGACUCACUGCAACACAAAGACAUUUUUAAUCUACGCUGGAAGAACAGAUUUCCUGGCACCUUUUAAACACUACUGCCCGACUUGGACUUUCAUCAUCUGCCAGACUCACUGUAACAUCUGUAAUAUCUUCAUACUGUUUCAUGCUUUUAUUACCUGCCUAUUCAUAUAAUUCUAAUAAUGAGAUAUGAUUAACAUCAUAAUUCUUGUUCAAUCCCACUGCACAAACACCUCCCCUCACAUGAACUCAAUCUUUUAAAUCACCUUCCCACAGAGCUGUCUGCUAUCACCUGCUCCUGUCUUUUGUCCUGCCACUCAGUAGAGAUGUCUCGCAUUCCUAUUGUCUCUAGACCUAAACCUGCACUCUCAGCACCACUUUCUCCCAGAAAUGCUAACCUGGAGAAUUUAAUCCACAUUCCUCUCUCUCCUUCACUCCCUUCACUUCUCCCAUUCAGUUGUGCACUAUGGAACGCUGGCUCUGCUUGCAACAAGCUAACAGCUAUCCAUGAGCUAUUUCAUUCCCACUCAAUCAACAUGCUAGCUGUCACUGAAACAUGGCUCCCACCCACAGACACUGCAUGCCCUGCAGCACUCGCAUCGUUCACCCACACCCCUAGACCUGGUGAUAGGCAAGGAGGAGGGGUAGGGAUCUUGCUGUCCCCACACUGUACUUUUCGGGUACUAGAUGUUCUUCCAUGCCUAUGCUUUAAUAGUUUUGAAGUCCACACAAUACGUCUAUAUUCUCCCCUCUCCCUCCGCGUAGCUGUAAUAUAUCGUUCUCCAGGACCUGUAUCUCAGUUCCUAAAUAACUUUGCUGCUUGGCUCUUAUAUUUCCUAUCCUCAAGUCUGCCCUCUAUUAUUGUAGGGGACUUCAAUAUGCCUAUUGGCAACCACAACAGCUCAGCAGCAUCUCCUCUGCUGUCCCUUACCAGCUCAUUUGGGCUCACUCAGUGGGCUCCAUCCCACACACACUCUGAAGGGCACAGUCUGGGCCUGGUAUUCACUCGUUGUUGCAAUAUCUCUAAUUUCUCAAAUUCUCCAUUUCCUUUUUCUGAUCACAACCUUCUGUCUUUUGAUGUUUUCCGCUCUCCCAUCCAAAAACCACCAAAAGCCACUAGAACUCAAAGACAUAUCCAUAAUUUUGAUCUCCGUGAUCUUUCUUCAGCACUGUCUGAAAUCGACUCCCAUUCUUGCCGAAAUACAGCCGUUACACAUCAUAACACUACACUAUCCAACAUGCUUGACAAAGUGACACAUCGCGCUACUUACAAAAGAAAACAAAAAACCCAGCCCUGGCAAACACACCAGACUCUGUAUCUGAAGAGGUGCAGUAGAACGGCCGAGCGCUACUGGAGGAAAUCUCGCGCUCAAGCUGACUUCCUACACUACAAAUUCAUGCUUUCCUCUUACACUGCUGCCCUCACUCUUGCCAAGGAAGCUUAUUUUGCCACAUUAUUAUCAACUGAUCAAUAAUGUCUGUUUCAAACAUUCAAUUCUCUUCUCUGCCCACCACUGACCGACCCUCCUUUCACUCUUACAACCCAAUAUCUUGCUGUAUACUUUGAAGAGAAACAAACACCAUUAGAAAUUAGAUGCCAGUAACACACUAUUCUUCUCAUACACAGGCCAGUACCUACCAUUUCACAAACACCAUCCAGCUCCAAUCAUACACUGUCCCAUUUUUUCCUGGUCAAUGAGAAAGAAGUAUCUUCACUUCUGUCUGCCUCACACCUAACCAACUGCCCUCUUGACCCAAUCUCUUCACAGCUUAUCUGCUCACUACCAUCUGCCCUCCCAAAAUAUCCUCACUCUCCAUCCAAUUAGCAUCCUAUCUCUCACCUCUCCAAUCCCCUAAACUUUUAGAACAUACCGUUUACAACCACCAACUUUUUCUCUACAAAGUCUCUGCUUGACCCAUUUCAAUCUGUUUAUUUUCCACUACAUUCAGCUGAGGUGUCACUACCAAAGUAUCCACUGACAUCUUGUCUGCUAAAUCCAAAGGACCAGUGGUAGUAACUAUAGAGUUAGCAGACCCCGUGGUUGCAAGUGUGCUGGGCCCUUAUGAAGAUUAUUUGUUGCAUGGGGCACUAGCACGGCAUUGUUACACCACUACAACGGACAAUCUCUACACUAAUACUACUCAACCUCUCAGCUGCUUUUGACAUAGUGGGUCACCUGCUCGUCUGACACUUUUCUCCCCUGACAUACAGGGUUCAGCACUCUCCUGGAUCAGAUCAUAUACCUCUCUAACUCUUCUCCUCUGUCUUUCUUGGAUAGAAAAUAGAUCUGGGAUAGCACAUACAUUUCUACAUGUAAUGCUGUAAUAUCCAUGUCAAUAUUUUCUCCUUAUAGACGUCCCUCACAGCUACAUAAUGUUGUACUUGUGUAUCAACUAUCCCCACUCUAUAGAUUGUAAGCCUGUGGCAGGGCCUUCAUUACAUAAUGUAUCAAUCUGUUUGUAAAUGAUGUACCAUAGUAUACAGUGCAGUGUAAAAGGUUUGCUACUUAUACUACGAUAAUACGAGGCUCUAUGCUCACACACAAACCAAGGGCAAGUAUACAUGCUACAUUCAGCAUCAGCUAAUGAAUGGAGAGUGUCUUUUCCUCCUACAGUUCAUCCUGUUAGAACCUGUACUAUUUCCUGUCAGGUGAUCAGUGAAUGACACACAGACCAUCACAACAUAGCCGCUCAGUGUAAAAGAUGGAAAACAGAAAUAUGUAUUGAUAUAUAUAUAAGGCAAUUUGCUACUAUUAUUUGACAGGUGAUUAUUAGAAUAUAAAUCACUUUAGUUGACUAUUCAUUCAAGACGUAUAGAUCCCCUUUAAUAUGAUAAGUCAGGCUGGAAAGGGCUAAGAAUUCCUCCAGUUUGUUGUUUACUCAGGAGCGGAUUACUCCUCACUGCGCCCGGAGGCCAGUGUUCUCCAACGCCCCCAACCCUCGCGUAGAAUUGCACGCAUGCGAAUCUUUUCUCACUGGAGCAUUAAGCGUCUAUAGGGCUUAGUGCUCCUGAAUAUCGCAAACUACCGCUACAGCUGGGUGGCAUGCCGCCCCUUAAUUUAUGCCGCCCUAGGCCCGGGCCUAUGUGGCCUUGCUGCAAAUCCGGGCCUGUGUAUACUGGAUAUCUAAAAUAUGUUGUCUUAAAGAGAACCUUUAGUAUGUUGUGGAAUGGCUAAUUUCAAGCAAUUUUUUUUAAUUGACCUUCAAUUUUUAUAGUUUUUGAAUUAUUUGCAUUCUUCUUCCUACUGUUUCCAACUUUGAAAUGGGGGUCACUGACCCAAUCUAAAAAC